UUCUGGCGUGGUAAUGAAUGAAUGAAUGAAUUUUCGUAAGAUGUCUAAAGGUGCUAUAAAAGUUAUCAAAGAAAUAGAUGUUGUUGUGGUAAAUAAUCCUAAUGUUUUAUUUUUUAUCUUGCAGUUCCCCAACAAACCUUCAAAUACUACUUUGAAUCAGGAGCCUAUUUUAUCGUCACGACUUUCAAAUUUGAAAGAUGAAUUGGAAAUUCAUGUUGGACUUGACCCAUUUCAUUCAAGUCAUUAUGAUCAAAUGAAAGGGGAAAUUUUUGGUAAAAAUUACUCAAAUAUUGAAGAAGUUUUACCCAGCAAAUAUUUAGAAAAAAAAUUGUACAAGUCUCAACAUACAUUAUUAGAGGCACAGUCUAACUGCUUUGUUGGAGUUUUCAAAAAUGGUGUAUUAUAUUUGAUUCCCAUUCGUCACUUGUUGCAAAUGAGGCCUGUUUUCAAUUACCUUGAUAAAUCGAAUAGAAAGGAUCCAAGCGAUUUAAAUGUUGGCGAAAUGGAAGAUAACGAGAUCGAAAUGGGCAAAGCCGAAAUAAUCAAUGUUAAAUUCACCAACCUAAAUAUCCGAAAUUUUGGUGGUGCUACUAAUUCAGGACUUUCCACAAGUCUCACUGGUCAAUCAAAAACCAAGAUUCUCAACGAUACAUGGGAAGGAUGCGAAAUAUCGAAGACAAAUUUUAAAUCUCUUGAACAGCUUGAAAAAAUCAAAAGCGAAAAAGCAUGGACACAAUUAAAUUACGUUCCUUAUACAUCAGAGCAUGUAGAAAAAAUGAUCCCCUCGAUUUCUCAAAACUCCUUAGAAAAGGGUGCCACAAGCAGCGACCAUACUAAACCAACAUUUAUGGGUAAAACUAAAUACAUGACAUCUUUAAUUCAUAGCCUAGGGAAUCAUUACCCACAAAUAAACCAAGACACCUAUCAAACUGGUGCUAAAAAAGCUGUAGGCAUGAGAACCGAAUGGGAAAUACAAUUAUUUCAAUUGUUGAAAAGAGCUCAAGUUAUACCCUUCAAUCAAAUUUGGCGUUAUGCUCUUCAAAAUUCUGCAAAUAGCAUCAAUACACCCGAUCAUGGCGAUAUUUCGCAGUUUAAAAAGGAUAUAAUAAAUUAUCUCGUCAGUAUAGCAGAUUUGGUUGCUGGUUCUUGGGUUAUUAAAAGCGAAUACAUCUUUCCUUGCCCUGAUGAAGAUACUAACUCUGAGUCCAGUACGGAAACUUUAGAUCAUAUAUCUCACACACUUAAAACAGAUAUUAAACCACACAUAUCGUUGCUUAACAAACAACUCAAAAGUUCUAAGAGACUUAAUAAUUCAAAUGUAAUUUCAGACCCUCCUUGGGAUACCUUCAAGAUACUGAGACAAUGCCGGGAUUUUAUACUUUUUUUAUUUGAUUUAUCGAUUCAAAACACAUCAACUACUAAUAAAAAGGGUUAUUUUGCUACCAGAAAUGAUGAUUCGAACUGCGAAAUAGUAAUUACAAGGCAAAAAUUAAACCACUUUCUUAAUAUACGGAGUGAAGAUGUGCAAGGCAUAUUAAAGGGUGUGGCGCUAUUAAAACCCAAAAUAGGUUGGGUGUUUAAAUUCGAUCGAGAUACUGAAUUCAUUAACUCAACUUUAGACACCGAUACUUUACGCCGGUUUGAGAUACUUAAAACGCUUAGAAAAACCCAAAUUUAUAAAAAUAUCUCUUCGCACUUAUCAAAUUCCUUUAAAUCAACGAAUCAUAAUGUAUCCUUGAACGAUCAUAUGUUAAGAGAAUUUUUUGAUCCACAAAAUUUAGAACCUUUUCAGAAAAAAAUAGACGAAAUAACAAGUUACGACUCUCCUAACAAACCUAUGCCAGUCGAUAACCAAAAUAUCACAAUAAUAAAUGCAGUUAAUGGCACUGAAAAUUGCGAAAAUGAUAAUGAUGAAAUAGUUUUAGAUUUGAAAAAAGAAUCGGUUAAAAAGGAAGAAUAUUUUAUUGUAAAUUCAGAAGAUAAUUAUUUUCGCGGGAAGAAAAAAGACAAUAAGGUUUCGCCUAAAAAGAAAUCGCGAGGAAAACGUUAAAUAUUGCUCUACCUUUUACGUUAAUUAAUUUUAGGUUUAUAUGGAAUUUUAAAAAAUCCAAACUUAAUACACAUUAAAACAAUUGCUAUUAGUGCUAAGGAUUUCAAUUUAGGCGCUCUAAAAAAAGGCUAAGCCAAAAAAUAUUACCUAAACCUUUAUUAUAUUUUGCCUAUAGAUGAUAAAAAGGUGUGGCCCUUUUUAGACCAUAUAAAUUAAAAUUGUUUCUAAUAGCCAUGAAGGCAUAUAACUAUUUUAUUUGCUUAUGGGAGGAAUCGUUUUUAUAAUAUUAUUCUUAUAUCUGGAUUAUAAAAUUUUCUAAUCACGAUAAAUUGUAGAUAAGUAUAUAUUCGUUAUAUCAAUCGCAUUUGUAAUGUAAUGAAUUAUAAUUAUGUAAAUUGAAUCUUAUUUAUAAUUUUACGCGAAUUUUAUGCCAUAUUAUUGUUUCAUUG